CCACGAACUGAAACUUUUUUCAAAACAAUUAGUUGAUCAAUCAUAACUUUAAGCGCUCUAUAUUUCUGUAACGCUACUUUUAGAUGGUGUUCUUUCAUCGAAUUGAUAAUUCUUCACCGUUCACCACCUCGUACAGAUGCUAUCCAGUUUCCUUUUUAGCCGAUAAUUUUCGUUCUAGCGUGGAAAAAGGAGGGAAAAUUAUCAUGCCUCCAUCUGCUUUAGAUGUACUUACACGACUGAACGUCCAGUACCCAAUGCUGUUCAAGCUAACUAACCAACAAGCAAACCGAACUACUCAUUGUGGUGUACUGGAAUUUGUUGCGGAUGAAGGGAGGAUUUAUGUUCCUUAUUGGAUGCUAAAAAAUCUACAUUUGGAAGAGGGUGGCCUGGUCUCUGUAGUUAAUGCAGCCUUACCUGUGGCUUCUUUCGCUCGUUUCCAGCCUCAGAGUACUGAUUUUCUGGACAUAUCUAACCCUAAAGCUGUACUGGAAAAUGCUCUCCGAGACUUUGCUUGCCUCACAGUCGGAGAUAUCAUUGCUAUCAACUACAAUGAGCGUAUAUAUGAGCUUAAAGUGUUGGAAACGAAACCGAAGGAUGCAGUCACUAUAAUUGAAUGUGACAUGAGCGUUGAUUUCGCACCUCCAGUUGGAUAUCAGCCUACUGAUUCUGGUUCUUCGAGCAAACAAAGUGAUAAAGAUCUACAUAAGCUGUUCAAAGUUCCUUUUGGCUGCCAACCCAUAUGGUACGAGUCUGUUGGUGAGAUCCAAUUAGUUUUGUGAAGUUCGAGAUUAUAGCAGACUCAUUUGUCAGAAGGAAGAAUUUUUAGGGUAUUGUGUCAUCUCAGCUGGUUCGGUGGUGACGCUUUUGUUUUGAACCCCCGUAAACCUACGCACAUGUGGUAAAAAUUAAUAAAUAAAAGUAUCUGAUGCCACUAUCCUUAUCUUUAAAGAUCGAAGAUCACAUAGAAAUCCCUUCAGUUGUUCAAGGAUUCCAGGCAUUUAGCGGUACAGGUUAUCGGUUAGAUGGAAAAAAUAAACAGGAUAAAACUGAUGAAACAGAUAAUGGUCAAUCAUUAGGGCAAUUGAAAGAAAGAGAAAGGGGUGUACCAAACUAUAAUUAUCGACCUGGAAGUUUAACAUUUUUCCGAAAUCUAAAACAAAUUACUGCAGAGAAAAUAGAAGAACCUGUAUUCAAACCUUUCAGUGGUACAGGUCAUCAAUUGAAAUCACGCAAGAAAUGAAAGUCUAAUAUCCUCCAUAUUAAAUUAUUUGUCUCACUGUUUGUAACAAAGAUUUACACUGUCAAUUUUUCGAGUUUUAUUUCAUUUGUUUAGAAGCACUUGUAUAAUUUGGUUGUUAAUAUUUUUUGCGUAGUAACAAAUCUGUUAAAUUGACAGUUUUUCUCGAGUGUCCUCGCAUCCCACGCACUAUGAAAUGUCACCUUUUAUGAAAUAAUUUGUUUUUUUAUUUUUCAAAAGUCAGAUAAGACCUUGUGAUAUUUCACUGAUUAAAAUGAAAUUGACGUUAGGCGGUUGGAGACGAUUGUCGGUAAACUGUGAACUUAGGUUUCAUGCUAGUUGUCACUCUUCAGCUAGGCAUUUUUGCUAUCUUGAGCGGUAUAAAUAUGAAUUAGUGGUCAGUUAUUUAAUAAACAGUUAAGAUCAAAAAUGUCAAUCACCAAAACAAACAGUGGUUAUUCCAUCGAUCACGAUCAAUACAUAAUAUAACGUGAUUUUGUGAUCGUGUAUUUGGUGCAAUGUAUAAUUAAUUUGUUCCAUCUAAAUUUACUGACAGUUUGCUUAGUAGCUACUGAUUUUAGAAGUUCCAAGUUCGUUAUCAGUAUAUUGAUGAUAAACAAUUAGCAAUAUAAGGACGAUUUUCUAAGAAAUACAAAUGAAAUAGUAUUUACCCAUCAAGCAUUUUAAAGCCAAAUAAAAAAUAAAAUAUGUUAUAUUCAUUAAUUAUUAUUACAACCAGUAGUCGGUAGUGGACAGGAAUAAGGCAUCGUUAUUGGCGUUCAUAAUACAUCAGAAACUGAUCGACAUCCCAAAUGAAAAUUCGACAACCUACGAUUAUGAUUGUAUGAACAACAGAUCAUAUUGUGUUAAGGAUGCUGAAUUCCCAAACACAACAUUAGGAUGAUGUCAAAUUUUAAAAUUCUUGUGGUGAUUAAAGCGAAUUUUCAUUUGUAUUAAUUUAUUAAGUACGAAGUUAGUUUGAUUUUUGAUUCAUUUCUCACUAUAUUCAUAAUUUCACUAUGACUAUGAUCAUCUGACGAUUAUUUAGUUAAAUAAACUUUUGUAAAAAUAUUUGGACCACUUGACGACCAUUCAAUUUAAAUUGAACAUAAUUUAAUUCUUCUGGAGUCUUAACCAAUACAUCUUCUUUACAAGAACUCUCUUUUAAUUGCGCAAAGGAAUAUCGUUGAAGUGUCUCAUAUUAGUCUCUCCGUCUAUCCAAUCCUCAUGGGUCUUUUUUCGUACUAGAAGAAUCUCUCAAACACUCGUCAUUCGAAACCACCAUACCCUUCUUGCUCAAACAAAUCUACAACAUACUGUACGUACAUUCUAUCCAUGUUUACCUGAUCUUAUAAUUUUAUUAUGAAAAAUGGUGUCCCAUUCUAUUCUUUUGUAAACAGAAAGAAGCAUACAAUCUUGAUUGUCUGGCCAUUUUUAACUGUCAUUCAAUUUUUAUGAGAUUCUCUGGAUUUAUCUAGCAAGUAUAUUGGAGGAUUUUGUGAACAGAUAUCGGUCGACUUCGAUACCAUUCUAUUCAUCAUUUCAAACAAUAAGAAACCAUGUACACGAUACUAAUAAUAAUUCAAAACCCAUAAACAAUAGCAAUGAUAUUGUAGCUUUAUUAACUUAUGUGUUCAUUCUCAAAAAUCAAAGCACUUUUUAUGACAUAGAAUCAACACCAAAUACGCGACUCGACCAUAUUAUUAGUUACGGAUUUAAG